AUGGAGCGUGACAAAGCGAUGAACUCGCAGCGUUUUCAGUUCCACGAUUACACCUCCUUCCGCGACGAUUUCAGCCUCGACGAUGUUACCAUCACCAAGGAAAUCCUUCAGGAUGAGCAGAGGCGUCCGCUGUCACCUAUCGAGUCGGUGUCGCAACGCUCUCAACGCUCCAUGGCGAGCGGAACAUCGAUGAACAAAUUUGCCGAUUUCUUCGGCAAUGACGUCUUCCAGAUUGUUCUCCACAACCCGACAACGGCGCACCAGAUGCUAAAGUUUGCCCAAGCUCGGCUUUGUGCGGAGAAUCUGGAAUUCUUGGACAAGGUGGACCGAUACACCGAGCUGUUGAACGAGUUGUCGAAGACACUAUCGGACAUACAUCGCAAUUUCAUCUCGCCCAACGCACCGAAUCAGAUCAACCUUGCCCAGACGGUGGUUAAGGAUCUACGCAUGAACAUGAAGACAGGCAUCCAGACAACAUUGCCAAAAUUGGAAUCCAUACUCACGGAGGCGCAAGACAAUAUCGAGUCUCUGGUGUAUACAGACAUCUAUCCUCGCUUUGUCAGGCACCAAGUCACGAUAAGCGCCGCAAAAGCACUAGCUGGUGACCGUCGCAAAUACCAAGGCUUGGGAGACUGCUUUUGCCUGACGAAUCCUAGUAAGGCGGACAACCCAAUCGUGUGCGCAUCAGACGGGUUUGUGAAGGUUACCGGAUAUCAACGAAGCGAAAUUGUUCCGCGGAACUGCCGGUUCCUGCAAGGUACACACACAGAUCGGGCUCCUGUAAGGCGGCUCAAGGCCGCGAUUGCCGGCAGGGAAGAGUCAGUGGAGCUUCUUCUCAACUACAAGAAGAGCGGGGAGCCUUUCUGGAACCUUCUUUACGUCACACCGCUAUUCAAUCCUGACGGGAAUGUCGCAUUCUUCCUAGGAGGACAGAUCAACUGUUCAACAACUAUUCACAAUUACUCAGAUGUCCUACGAAUACUAUCCCACUCUGAUGACGUCGCUGAAGAGACGGACGAGGUGCCGGCAAUGGCGCCCACCUCCACAGUCAAGAAGAGUUUCUUCAAAGCUUUCAGGAGUCACAGCAGUACAAAAGCAGCUACCCUUGGAGAAGCCGGUAUGGAACAGCGAGUGGUGAAUCAAAUUGGGAAGGUGAACCUCAAGCAACAGAUGCAGAUGUUCUAUACCGCUUACUCGAAGUAUCUUGUCUUGAGCUAUGACAGCUUGCAAAUCAGAUUCUACUCUGCCGGCAUCAUCGAUGUGCUCGACCCCAAUAAUUUGGCCGGCCAAGAGCUCGUCGGGACAGAUGCCUUUAAGUUCCUCGCCCACCACGCCACGACCGUGAGCCGAGACUACAAGUCCCAGGUCAAAGCGUCUUUGAGAGCUGGUCAGCCGGUCUCUCUCUAUCUUCACCUGUCGACACGUCGUUCGGCUGUUUUCAGAGGCGAUGAGAGAUUUGUCACACAUUGGACGCCGUUGAAGGAUGAGCACGCCAUAGUGAAGUUUAUCGUCCUUACAAUGAGCUCCACGGUGUCGCAAUGA